AUGCAAAACUUCACACGGCAACAAUUGCCACGGCACUUGUAUGCGUUUGGCACUGGCGUCGCUGCCGGUGGUGUUGUAGGAACCGUGGGGUGGGGAGGUGCUCAAGUGCUCAUUCCCAGCUUGACCGCCAAUCCACUGUCUUUGGCAGGAUAUACCCAGCUCACUGCCACGGGCAUUUCCUUGACGUCUCUUUCCACUUCCGUCAUGACGGGGGGAUACAAAUUCUGGAAUUCGGAUCAUGUUAAUGUCCCCGUGGCUCUCAUGGUGGGAAUCCCCGCCGUACUGUCCGCUCGUGUCGGUACGCUGUGGGCCAAAAAAUUGUCGGGGGAUGCCUUGGCAUUGAUAUUCAACUCUUGCAGUAUUGUACUGCUCCCCACUCAUUUUUGGAUUCAAGAACGAGCCAAGAAGCGACGACAACAACAAUUAAUUCAAGAAGAGGACAACAAACCACCACAAGAGUCAACAACAACAAUAACAACAAAGACUAACGAUCCACCCAAUGUUGUUUAUGACAACACCAAUGACCUACUACUAAAACAAUCCCAACAACAACAACAGUCGGAUUAUCACUACGAAAAGUUCCUUCAUUUUGCUUCCUUUGGCCUGUUCCAAGGCAUCCUCAGUAGCGUGAUGGGAGUGGGAGGAUUGCCCUUGAGCAUGUCCUACUUGACCGAAAUGACAACUCUCGAUCAUCAUACCGUGCAAGGAACCGCCAUGUGCGCCGUCAUUCCUUCCAUCCUCACAUCGGCGGUGUCACGCAUGCAUGCCAUUCCCCUUGUCACGGCAGGAGUUGUCUGUGGCGGUGCCAUUCUGGGCGGCUAUGGAGGCGCCCAGUUGGCACUGGCAUUGGAUAGUGAACAAUUGCGGCAAUUGUACAUGACAUCCUUGGUGCUCUUUGGAGGACGAUCCAUGCUGGGAGCUGCCGCCAACUUGAGACGACUCUUGUUUUUCAAGUAA